AGAACGUUUGUGCAUAAAUAAAAUUAUAUAUACUGAAUGCUCUAAAAUAAUUCGAGUGAAUUGUGCGUCUUGCAUUCGUCGAGCCAGCCAAGUUUAUCUGCGAAUGAAACACGAUGGCAACGAUUUUUCCUCGCUCCUGCAGAAGUGCAGUUAAUCAGGUCAGAGCAUUCCAUGCUUCUAGUGUGCAAAAUGCUGAGGCCAGACUCAAGACAUUUGCUGUUUACCGAUGGAAUCCUGAUCAACCCAACGAGAAACCAUACAUGAAAGAGUACAAGGUUGAUCUAAACACUUGUGGACCUAUGGUGUUGGACGCUCUGAUUAAAAUUAAGAAUGAAAUUGAUCCUACUUUAACUUUCCGUCGAUCUUGCCGGGAGGGUAUAUGUGGAUCCUGUGCCAUGAAUAUCGGUGGCACAAAUACUCUCGCUUGUAUUAGCAAAAUUGAUAGCAACUUAAACAAGGCCAGCAAGAUUUACCCAUUGCCCCAUAUGUAUGUCGUGAAAGAUUUAGUACCUGACAUGAACAAUUUCUACAAUCAGUAUCGUAGUAUUCAACCCUGGCUUCAACGUAAUGACGUCAAGGAAAUUGGGCAUCAGCAGUAUUUGCAAAGUGUUGAUGAUCGUAAGAAACUGGAUGGAUUAUACGAAUGCAUCCUGUGCGCUUGCUGUAGUACUUCUUGCCCGUCAUACUGGUGGAAUGGAGAUAAGUACUUAGGACCAGCUGUACUUAUGCAGGCAUAUCGAUGGAUUAUUGACUCCAGAGAUACUCAAGCAAAGGAGCGUCUUGAGAAACUUAGAGACCCUUAUUCAGUUUACCGAUGUCACACGAUCAUGAACUGCACCAAGACUUGUCCAAAGGGUUUAAAUCCUGGACGAGCCAUCGCUGAAAUUAAGAAGCUGCUUGGCAACGUAAUUGAAAAAGAAAAACCAGGUCUGAAUACGACGGCCCUGCAAAAUUAAAAACGGGAAGGGAGUUAGUCGCAGUUUAAAGUCUAUUUAAAACCAAUGAAAACCACCCAAAGCCUAUCUGAUGCUGUAUUAUUCUGUGUAAUCAUCAAGAUGAAUGAAUAAACUUAAACGAAAAAUAAAUCAUAACUAGAAAGAA